AUGCCGGGGCAGCCGGGGACCGUGCCGGGUGUUCCGGUGCCCCAAACCGCUGUUCCACCUGUCCGGCCGCUGCCUUCACCGCCCGCGAAGGAAGAGCAGCCGCAAAGUGAGCUCGUGUCAAGCACGUCCUACCCAAACGAGGCUGCGGACUAUUUUGGUGAGCUCUUCGCACAUCGCCUUCGAUGGGCACAUGCUGUCAACAGCCAGCGCAUGCUCAGCACGGCCUUAGUUUCCAAUUCCCACUUCCUGGAGGCUGACGUUUCUGCAGGACCUCUCGUAGAACAGAAGCCGGACUCUUUUGCUAAAGGUGCAUCUGGUGGUUCGCGGGUCGCUGUCACGGAGACGUCCGUGAUGACUUCUGCAGGUUUGCCGGUCAUCAUGGCCCACUAUCCAACGCAGCGCUCGAGUGACCUCUGUUUUGAGCUCUUUAUCGGGGCGGUGUUGAAGCACAAUGCCCAGAUAGAUGGGGAGGAGGACGAACCGGCAGAGGCCAGCAGCGAAAUCCCAGAAGACCCCUCGCAAGAUGCCAAGGAGCAGGGCCCAGUGCAACGACCGCAGCGGUCGCCCUUUUCGGCACCUGUCCUGCACGAUCAUUUGCUCGAGGAUGCCCCCGAAAGGAGCUCGAGCACCACGGCCCUGGAGGCUUCCGGCUUAGUGCGACACGGCACGUCUGCAGGGCAGGAGGCCGCAGCUUUUGCCGUCGACUUACAUCGGGAGCUUGAAACUCUGGACCACAACCAGAUGAUGAUGGCAUGUAUCGGGGCCCGAAGAGGUGGGAGUCGCCUGGUGCGGCACACCUCCAAGAAAGGGGUGAAGCUGGACUUCAAAGUCUUUGAGGCUGUGGAGCCGGCACUUAGACAUCUGCAGAGCAUUGAUGCCGCCAGAAGGCUGGGCGGCCACUUGUGGCUGAAUGCUGACGUCUUUGCGGGGCCCGGGUAUCCGGAGCGAUUUCUCUCGCCAAUCGAUGCCAGGAGAUUUGUGCAACUUUGCGCAGAACUUGUCCCCGAUGCUGUCCUCUCACUGAGCUGGGGGAGCUCCAUUUUGUCGGCGAGCAGGCAUUACACGAUGGACAUGGUCAACAGGAUGAUCGAGCUCUGCAUGUCGCCCAUCGUGCCGCGCUCUAUGCUCUCUCCAACUUCCCGAGCCGAGGACUUGGUUGCGGAGCAGGAGACCGCGGCCGAGUCCAUCAAGCAGGACGCGGAUGGGCCAAGCCUGGCACCGAACAAGGAGGGCAAAGGGAGUGACCCUCUUUGGCUUUCUGAGGGAGUGACCCUCUUCCAUGCUAUGCAGGAGGAUCCUGCAGCAUUGUAUGCCUUCGCCCGCCUGGCUGUGCACACAGGUACGCAGCUACUCCAUCCGGCGGCCAUGUUGGAGUUCCGGGCCAGGCUUCGCGAGCUGGUCGAGGCAGGUCAGAGUUAUGAGGCCGCCUUGUUGUGGGGCUCAGUUUUGGAAGUGCAGCAUUACCCGCCGCCUCCUCGGGGCCUGCUGGAGGGGCUACCGCCUGGCGUGCCUCCCAUCCGAACCGUGCCUUGCAUCGAGGUCGACUGUGUUCGAUGCCGGGAAGGCCGAGGCGGGUUCCGCUUCCCUUUCGUGGGCACAUAUGCACGUCGCUCCAUUGUGGUUUCGGGAGCGGUGGCUCCGGCUCAAGCGUGGGCUGAGUAUAACAGAAGCGGGCCCGAGCGCCUCAGUUUUGAUGAUGUUUUCAGGAUGGGCUCGGGCCUCUGGCCAACAGAUAUUUUGCCAGAUCACGCGAACAGGCUGGUGCAGCGGAUUGGCGAGGAGGCUCAUCCGCGGGGAGCGACCCCAGGACAGCUUUGGCUCCUGGCGGGAGAGACUCGCCCGGGACCGUCUGAGCCAGGCAUGCCACCGCUGGUGAAUGGUCGCGUCUGCUCGGCCUUCCUUCGCAACGGGAUGCGGCUUUGCCCUGCCUUUCAGUCGGGUGCAUGCAGAGCGGAGAACUGUGCGCUUUCACACCUCUGCGCUACGGUCCUGCGAUCGGGGCGUGUGUGCGGCGGAAGGCAUCCAGCCCGAGAUUGUCAUGACCGUCGCCGGCUUCACCCUGACAAUGUCCCACCGGCAAUCUCUGCACCUCAAGAGGCUUCCGACUUGGUGGAGGUCGAGGUGGAGCGCGAUGUGGAGCCACCUCGUCCCAAGGCUAAGCCACGGCCGAAGAAGAUGCCCAAGGCGAUGGCAGUGCGACUGGUACCUCGGGGUGGGGCUGAGGAGCGACCUCAAGCAUCGCCCAGGCCGGCAGCUUCAUGGUCCGAUCGCCGCUCUUCCCGUGCAGCUCCGGCGGAAAGGGCCUCGAGUUCUCGCGAUGUUCCCCAGCAGCCACGUACCCCGCGGAGCCGCAUGGUCGGAAGCGCCAGCGUGAGGGCGCGGUCCCGACAUGCAGAGAUCUGGGAGAGCCAGGGCGGAGGGCGCCUCUUCUUGAGUGUGUUGCCAACCACGGCCAACAAGCACAGGUUCCCACCAACGGCUCUCCAGACUACAGCUAUGGCCAAGUCCCCGGCAGACCGCGGUGGCAUCGUCCUGCCUGGGGCCUUGCAUCAGCAGUGGCCUGACUUCCAGUCCUUGCUCCCGUUGGUGCGCGCUACCUUGCUUGAGGGCCAGAAUGUGGUGACGCAUUGCAUGGCAGGCAGGCAUCGAGGCGCUGCUGCAGGGACGGUGCUGCGGGCGGUGCUGAGUGGCGACAGCCUGGAUGAAUGUGAGGCUUUUAUUCUCAGGACUACCCGCCUUGGUCCCCCUCCGCCGCUGCCGGUGGCCUUUGUGGCCACGAACACUUCCUUGAUGCCGAUGCGUACCACUGACCGAUUUGAAGCCUAUGCGUGGGCCAAAGCGUGCUGCACGCAGUGCUUCGGUAUGGCGGGCCUGAGUGACAGGCGGGUGGGCAGCAUGUCGCAAGCCCUUGUCCUGAGAGACGGGAAUGAUUUCAAAGCUGCCUUGGACACCCUGUCCUUGAACUUUUCUCUGGCGCCGGAGAUUCAAGCUCGGUUGUUGAGUGACGGGUUGUCCCACUUGGAGGAGCUUCGCUUCUUCUUCGACAACGAGGAGCAUGUGGGCCGGUGGGUCGCCAAGCUUAGCCUGGGUGAUAAGAGGGUGAUAGCCGUCAGGCUCUACUUCUCUACGUCAGAGCAAGAUCGCUCUAAGGUGGCUCUUACGGACCUCGAUACCCUCCUCGAGGACUCCGAACUUCGUGAUGUGAAGCUCGCGUUUUGGAAGCGCUAUCGUAUGCGUUUCCCCGCCGAGGUCCAUCCGGCGGACUCUCUCCUCUCUCGGUUGUCCCGGGAGAUCAACAAACGCAUGCUUUGCGUGUACGCUAUCUGGAAGGUGCGUUCGCUCUACUUCCAGCUUACAACGGUGCAGCGUAAGCGGAAGUUGGGCGAUAACCUGUAUACUGAGGAGCCCGACACUGAGGAGGCAGUCACCAAAGAUGCAGACACUUACCUUGAUAAGCUGUACACGCUGCUUUUGGCCUACUCGAUGGCAGGUGUGUUCCCACUGCCGGGUGUCGAUAUGAGCAAGGAGGCGGCCUUGAGUGCUUCUUCGGCCGAUUUCGUCGGUGUCCCUCUGGAUGUGGCGAUGGCUUACUUCUUUCGGGCAAAGAGAUGUGUAUCCCAGCUGCCUCCAGCACGCCGGUUGCAGUGGCUGCUGACUAAGGACGUGGAGGAGCGCAGCGAGUGGGUCACGAGGUUCCGAGAGGGCAACUCUUCCCUUGGGCUUAUCAUUAAGCAGGUCAUGGAAGCUCGUGACGCGCACUGGGUGGUUACAAGUGCUGCCCUGUCAGUCGGCCCGGGAGAGACCCAGGCCACGGCAGGCACAGCCAUCCCGCCUCCGCCGGUGCCACAAAUUUCCCACUUUCGGGAGGGACCCAAAGUGGGUGGUAAGCGAGUGGCGGCGGUGCUCAAAGAUGGAACCAAGCUUUGCCCUGAUUUUCAGUCAGGCAAGUGCAAAGGCCCUAAGUGCGCCAAGGGCGCCCAUCGCUGCGGGGUGAUCGUGCGCGCCCAGCGGGAGGGGGAGGGGGACCUCCCCUCGGGGACAGCCGUGGAUCCUCCAGUCACCUCCGGCGACCGCCCGCCCCUGAUGAUGGAUCUUAUGUGCGGGCCUAAUGCGCCACUGACUCGUGCCUUCCUGUUUUGUGGCUGGCGUGCAGGCCCGGUCGAUCUCUUGCUGAAUCCAGCGCAGGAUCUUUCUCGGUCGGAGUUCCAGGCGGAGCUGAGACCGAGCCUCGAUCAGGCAUGCUUGCUCUUUGCAGCUUUGGAUUGCAGCACCAAGUCGGCGAUUCGUGAAAUACCAUUGCGGCUACCUAGUGGUCGCUCGGGCCCACCCCCGCUUCGCAGCCACGAACAUCCGAUGGGAUUGCCAGGUCUCAAGAUCGACGACCAGAGAAGGGUUUCCAAGGAUAACUGCGCUUGCCAGUUCGUGUUGGAGGAACAGCAGCACAUCCUAGAGCGCGGUGGCGGCGCCAUUCGGGAGAAUCCCAACAACAGCUUACAUUGGUGCAUCCCCCAGGAGGCAGAGAUGUGGGCAUCUGACCAAUGGUGGGACACUCGGUACGAUGCUUGCUGUUUUAUGGGAGCACGGCGGAAGCGGCAGCGCCUCCGGCACAACAUCUGGGAGUUGACCCAGGGCCCUUCCUUGCUGUGCCACCAUACGCACCACCCACAGGAGGAGGCGGAGUACACCGCCCCGCUCGCAUUUCACAUUGCCGUGGCCUGCAGUUGGUGGGCUGGUCGCUUGGGACUAGCUAAAUUGCGAGUGCCACGGGGACCCCCGAUUCAGUGUGUCGGCCGGCGUGAGCACUGGCUGGAGAUUGACUCCCGGGCCUUGCGGGAAUGGGCUAUGUCGCCCCUAGCUAUUUCCCUCGGUCUUCGUCCUAUCGACCCGGGUGAGGCGGCCCGCGUUCCCGUGCGAGUGGAAGUAGCCUCGGUGCUUCGGGAGGACAAGUCUUUACCCCCCGACGUGAUCUACGUGGGGCGAGGCCAUCAUUCCCACAGACUGCCGGUUUGUGAGGGCGAUCUCCUGGCAGGCCUCGUGUUUGAUGCCGGGCGCCCUCAGGGCAUACCCCAUCAGGGUGCAGCAGGCCGGCCGCGCCGAGCCGCACAGAAGCGAAGUCGCCGCGUCUUGCUGGCGGCGGCUGCCUCAGCCCUUCCUACCCCAGUGGGAGCGAUGAUUCCAUAUCUGCAUCAAGAUUCAGUGGUGGCCACUUUUCAAUCAUUCUUUCCUGGUGUGGAGUGGGGCGACUUCCGCUUCCCUAUGGUCGAGGAUCUGGUCAAUGCACCCCCGUUCACUGACUACGUGCAGUGGUGCCGCGAUCGGCAUGAGGAGUGGGAUGGACCACUCUUGCCGCAGCUGGUGAGUGCUCAGCAGCGCCAGUGGCAGCGCACUGCCGAGGGCCAGCAGGUCGGUGCCAUGGCCCACCGUACCCCACCCCGUUCGAGCAGCCUCCUGCCCUCGAUCUGGAUCUUUGCUAUGCGGCCGAGGUGCUGGCGGAUGCCUCGGCGUCGAACGCUCGGGUGCGAGCGAGUUUACGUCCGGGGCGGGACGAUGCGUUCCUGUUGGAGCAGAGCCUUCGUGAUGGAGAGCGGGUUUUGCUCCGAGCCACUCCGUUACCCACAGCUCCUUCGAGCAGUGGGUGGUCUUCCUUUUCGCCUGAUCCCACGCUGCGUCAUCACCCAAAGCAGCGGCAAACAGCGUAUAAUCGACAAUGCCGACACAGGCGGCCAAUCGGAGCUGAGCUCGGAUCCAAACAAGCUCGUCUUGUGUUCCCCGUUGCGGCCGGCGCAGCAUGCGGCGGCUUUGCUCGCUUGCCUUGAUGAGCCGUCUCGCCAGCGGGCCGCUGCCGAAGAUGCUCUUGAAGGUGGGGGCGAGGACUGGCCCGAGGCCUACCGCCACUGCCCCAUGGAUGGCGCCUCAUCCAGGUGCUGUGUUGUGGUGUGGUGGCACCAGGACUGGGGUGAGCCAGCCUAUCAGCUCUACACUGGCUUGCUGUUUGGCCUCCCUUUGGCGGUUACGAGCUUCAACCGAUACAGUCGGGCGGCCGAGGCCUUGGGCCGGCGCCUUCUUGCCAUUCUUGUUUCCAUGUAUUUUGAUGACGCUCACCUUACAGACUGGGCUUCAUCCAAGGGCUCCGCGCAGUCUAGCUUUAAGCUGGAUUGA